CCACAACAUAGAGUAGAGUAGAGUACGUAUAUUUCGUAUAAACACAACUCGAUGACAUUCAAUAGUCCAGGUCCACGCCACGAUCGUCGUUCAGAGUCCCACUAACACAUUCCCUACUUACAAGUGUGGCCGAAGCCGAACCGCGUCGCGAUGCAACAAAACUGGAAUAUUUACUAAACCAGUUUUCCCAUCGACUAAAUAGGCGUCAGCGUCACUUCACACAGAAUCAGAAUAAGAGAAUAUCAACUAACUGCCCAGUACCAAGGGCAACGCACCAGUAUUGUACUUUUACUUUUUUUUUUCCUAAAAAAAAAACCAAACACACGCACAUACUUUGUUAAUAAUUUUUUGCUAAUUUGUUCUCAUCGUUGCCGAUGAUUAAGUGAGUGUUAAUUUAUCAAAUUUCGAGUUCGAUUCGCGUCUGUGGUGAGUGUGUUACAUCAUAAUGCAGCAAGAGGUAGAAAAAGCGUGGAAAAUUUCCGUCCAAGAUGAGCUAAUCAGAAAUACUCAACUGAAGAUGCAGCAUAUCGAUGAGAUUCAGACGUGGAUUCGGUCCCAAUCUCAGCUGCCAAAAAUCUCAGACAACCAAGUGAUCCUUUUCCUUCACGCAACUCGUUACAAUCUUGCCGAGUCAAAAAAGCUCAUAGAAACUUACUACAAAAUGAGAACCCAAUACAGACACUAUUUUGCUGAAAGGGAUCCUCUGAACGAGAGCAUUAUCAAAGCCUUCAAUGUAGCCCCUAGUGUGAUACACGGUAAGGACAAUUUAGGCAGACGAAUACUUUGGUCAAAGUUACUCGACACAGAUCCUCAACUUUAUUUCCCUACCAUCGCCACCAAAGUAAUGUACAUGGUUUUGGAUGUCGACCAGGUGGAGAAUGGCACAGUUCCUGGGUAUACUUUGGUACUCGAUGGUAAAGGAUUCAGUUUUAGUCACGCGAUGAGAUGCUCGUUCACAAAUGGUCGUCAAGUAGUAGCUUAUGUACAAACAGCUUCGACGGUGAUAAUAGAAAAAGUAUACUUAUUGAACCUAACGUCAGCCUCAGAGAAACUUCUCUACUUGCUCAGACCUUUCAUACGAUCAGAGCUCUUAAAUAAGAUAACCACUUGUACAGAAGAUAAGAUAUCUAAAAUAGAAGAAAUGAUACCAAAGUCUUCAAUUCCCUCGGAUUAUAACGGAGAAGCACCAUCUAUUAAAGAACUAACAGAGGAACAUUUGGAGAAAUUGCAAUCUUAUCGAGACUGGUUUGUGCAAGAAGAAAAUCUACGUAUGAAAGACGUCAAGUCGAUUCCGUCGAAUGAGACUCCAUUAGAAUUGGAAGGAACGUUUAAUAAUUUAUCGGUUGAUUAAAUUCAUUAUUAUUUUUAAAGGUUACCACAAAUAUAAUUUUUUGAUAUGUUUUA